AUGGCGCUCUCCAGUACCUAUCAGCUUGCUGUUAUAAUCUCAUCUUUCCUGCUUCCUGUCAUAACUUACCUCUACUUCACCCAGAGGCCCAAGAAGAGCGCCGCUGGGCCUUUGCCACCGCCCACAGAGAUCACCGAUAUUCACAUUCAUCCCAUCAAAUCAUGCCACUACAUAACGGUCAAGUCGGCACGUUUGUUGCCUACAGGACUUGACCUAGACCGGCACUGGAUGUGGGUCAGCUAUCCCAAACUCGAAUUCCAAACCAUCCGUCAGAACUCCAAGAUGACUCUUAUCCGUCCAAGCUAUAAUGCUGAAACUGAUACUCUGACUGUGGUGGCGCCGGCCCCAAAUUUCAUCGACCAAAAACUUCAUUUCUCUAUUCCCGCCCAUCCAUCACAAGAAUGGCUGGAAAAACACACUCAGCUCGUCGAUGCGAACAUCUGGGGUAAAGAGACAUCCGCUCAUGCUUUCUCAACGGAUCUGACCGGUCCGUUCAACGAGUUCUUCGGCAAGGAGGUUAGAUUGGUAUACAAGUCGCCGUUUUUCGAUGCACCUAGAAAGUUGCCCUCAAAUGGGGCCGAGAGCAUACUCGGAAGGCCAGCUUCUACAUGUUUUCCUGACCUUAUGCCCAUCCUUGUUGGAUGCGAGUCCAGUAUCGAUGAACUCAAUUCACGCAUUCGUGCGAACGAUGACAUCACUAUCGACAUACAUCGCUUCCGGCCCAAUAUCAUUGUCAAGGGUAACAAGCCAUGGGACGAGGACAGAUGGAAGACGCUGCGCAUAUCGCCCAAGCCGGGGUCCAAAAGUGCGACACAGAGCUUUAUACUAGACGUUACACAGCGUUGUGCACGGUGCCAAGUCCCUAAUGUGGAUCCGGAAUCGGCCGAGAAACAUAAGAGACAGCCGUGGGAGACAUUGAUGAAGUAUCGAAGGGUUGACGAGGGCAUCACGUACAAACCUUGUUUUGGGAUGCUGUGUGUACCGCAGGGUGAGGGAGGAAUGCUUGAGGUUGGUAUGAAAAUGGAGGUGACAGAAGUCACGGACAAGCAUCGUUACAUACCGGGAUUCUGA